GGGGGUGGAGCGGGUGCAGGGGGCGGGUUUGGCGGAGGUGCUGGUGGCGGCGGCGGGUUGGGCGGCGGCGGCGGGUUAGGAGGCGGCGGCGGUUUAGGCGGUGGGAUUGGUAAGGGUGGUGGACUAGGCGGCGGCAUUGGCAAGGGCGGGGGAAUCGGCGGUGGGAUCGGAAAAGGUGGAGGACUUGGCGGCGGAGCAGGUGGUGGGAUCGGAAAAGGUGGAGGUCUAGGUGGCGGAAUAGGUAAGGGAGGUGGGCUUGGGGGCGGUGCCGGCGGUGGGAAGGGCGGGGGACUUGGCGGCGGAGCAGGUGGCGGAUUUGGCAAGGGCGGAGGACUUGGUGGUGGAGCCGGCGGAGGUGCUGGAGGUGGGUUUGGAAAGGGUGGAGGAAUAGGAGGAGGAAUCGGCAAGGGAGGUGGAUUCGGCGGUGGAGCCGGCGGCGGGGCUGGUGGAGGAGUAGGAGGAGGUGCCGGCGGUGGAGGAGGGUUCGGCGGCGGCUCGGGUGGAGGAAUUGGGGGAGGAUUCGGGAAAGGCGGCGGGAUUGGUGGAGGAGUGGGCGGCGGGAGCGGAGGUGGAGGUGGGUUUGGAGGAGGCGGCGGAGCAGGGGGUGGAUUCGGUGGUGGCGGCGGUGCCGGAGGCGGGUGGGGCGGCGGACAUUAGUAAAACGGCGGUGAUCACGUCCCCCUCUCCUGUCGUGCAUGCAUGCAUGCACGCAUUUGAUAAGAGGAGCUCAUGAGGAGAUCCAAUCCAACGAGGAACUGAACAAAAAAGGGAUUUACAGUCGUUAAUUAAUAAUUAUUCCCAUUC